UGGGGCGGCGGGUCCGGCGUGGUUCGCGAUGCGCGGCGGGCGGUGCGCGGCGUGGGCUCCAGUGCUCCAGUUCACCAACUGCCGCAUCCUGCGCGGCGGUGCGCUGCUCAGGGAGGACUUGUGGGUGCGCGGGGGCCGCAUCCUGGACCCCGAGAAGCUGUUCUUUGAGGAGAGGCGCGUGGCUGAUGAGCAACGGGACUGCGGAGGCCUCAUCCUGGCACCGGGCUUUAUUGAUGUGCAGAUCAACGGUGGAUUUGGUGUUGACUUCUCCAAGGCAACGGAGGAUGUGGGUUCUGGGGUCGCCCUAGUGGCCCGGAGGAUCCUGUCCCAUGGUGUCACCUCUUUCUGUCCCACCCUGGUCACUUCCCCACCAGAGGUUUAUCACAAGGUCCUUCCUCAGAUCCCUGUGAAGAGUGGAGGUCCCCAUGGGGCAGGGGUCCUCGGGGUGCACCUUGAGGGCCCGUUCAUCAGUCGGGAAAAGCGGGGUGCACACCCCGAGGCCCACCUGCGCUCCUUUGAGGCCAAUGCUUUCCAUGAUGUGCUAGCCACUUAUGGGCCCCUGGACAACGUCCGCAUUGUGACACUGGCCCCUGAACUGGGACGAAGCCAUGAAGUGAUCCGAGCACUGACAGCCCAAGGCAUCUGCGUAUCCCUAGGGCACUCCGUGGCUGACCUGCGGGCUGCGGAGGAUGCAGUGCAGAGUGGCGCCACCUUCAUCACCCACCUCUUCAAUGCCAUGCUGCCUUUCCACCAUCGUGACCCAGGCAUCGUGGGGCUCCUGACCAGUGACCAGCUGCCUCCUGGCCGCUGUAUCUUUUAUGGGAUGAUCGCUGAUGGCAUACACACCAACCCUGCAGCUCUGCGCAUUGCCCACCGAGCCCAUCCCCAGGGGCUGGUGCUGGUAACUGAUGCUGUUCCUGCCCUGGGCCUGGGCAACGGCCGUCACACACUGGGGCAGCAGGAGGUGGAAGUGGACGGGUUGACAGCCUAUGUGGCAGGCACCAAGACAUUGAGUGGCAGCAUCGCCCCCAUGGACGUCUGCAUCCGGCACUUCCAACAGGCUACAGGUUGCAGCGUGGAGUCGGCCCUGGAGGCUGCAUCUCUCCACCCCGCCCAGCUGCUGGGGCUGGAGAACAAGGGGAGCCUGGACUUUGGUGCUGAUGCAGAUUUUGUGGUGCUCGACGAUGGCCUCCACGUCCAGGCCACUUAUAUCUCCGGUGAACUGGUAUGGCAGGCUGAGGAUGCUGGCCUGUAACGGAGGACCUUGCCUGGAGAGGACACCUGGCCUCAGCUGGACACUGACAGGCCAGGCAGUCCGGGGAGCUGGUCUCCACGAGCAAGUUGGGAGUCGCUGUCCCAAGGGCGGACCCAGAGCCACGCCACUGAAGGUGGUGGCUUGGAUAAACACAGCCAGCAGGACUUGCCCUGUCUUGAGUUUUACCUUUGAAGCUGGGUCGCUCGCUGUUGCCCUGGGGGUUUGGUUUGGGACCAGGAAUGACUGCUUUCCUUGUGGGGUCCUCUGUAUUAUGCCAGACCUAUCAGAGGGCACCUGCAGGGUGGGACUUGGGACAGUCAUUAUCGAGGCUUCAGAAGUUUACACACUGUCCCCGAACAUGUGGGCAGAGUUGGAGGCCCACAACUCUGAAAACUUCUGCAAGCUUUAGGAGUGUCUGCGGGCCGCCUGCUUGGGCCCAGCACUGCGCCCGCUGUCCUCUGACAUGCCCAAGCCCACAGGCCCACUGCAGCACCUUUUGUUCUCCUCUCUCAACAAUGCCCCACGCCUUUAAUUCCAGCACUCUGAAGGCCGAGGUAGGAGGAUCCCUGUGAGUUAAAGGCCAGCCUGGGACUACAGAGUAAGUUUCAAGUCAGCCUGCACUAGAGUGAGACCUUACCUCAAAAAAAUGUUUUGUUGAUUCUCUCAACCUCAUCUCCUGACCCUAUUCUCUUGUUUGGUGGUUGUGGUGCAUCUGUCUGAUGCUGGUGGGCAGCUCAGGGUCUCAGGCCUUGGGGCUCUGCUUGUCCUGUUAGCAUCACGUGGGCAGCAUACUCCAACCUGGCUUCACCCCCACAAAGGGAAUGUGAACCAUCUGGCUCCCUAAGAGCUUCAGUGUAGACAGACUUUGGGGACCCUUUUGUCUCUAAGGAUGGCCGUGAUGGGGGGGGUGUCACAACACAGAAGUUGACAGUCAGGUCUAGCGACCUGACCUUGUUUCAACUUCUCAUUUGGGUCCCAGGGUAGGUUACCAUUUCCCCUUUCAUGUGAUACUCUGAGACUGUAUACCUUGGUUAUGGCGGUUGCAAACAAAUGCCCCAGAA